AUGGCUGCAAGAAACGUUCUUCAACAGCAAAACAGAGUCCAAAAAUUCCAAGGUAAGCCUUUGAUCUUCACAAAUGACAUCGAUAUUGAUGAUCACGACGAUGUGAUUUACUUCACGGAUACAAGCACAAAGUACCAGCGCAGACAAUAUUUCACGUCUCUUUUAAGUGGAGAUAGUACUGGCAGGCUAAUGAAAUAUACUAAAUCAACCAAAGAAGUAACAGUUUUAUUAGGAGGCCUUGCUUUUGCAAAUGGUGUAGCGUUGAGCAAAGACCAUUCUUUUGUGCUAGUGGUUGAAACUUCUAAUAGUAGAAUAUUGAGGUAUUGGCUUAAAGGCCCUUAUAAGGGAAAACAUGAUACAUUUGCUGAGUUGCCGGGGUUUCCUGACAACAUUAGAAUAAAUUCGAAAGGGGAAUUUUGGGUCGCUCUGCAAUCAUUUGCACAAGUGUUGAGUAUUUCAGGUUCUGACUUGUUAGGCGUGCAUGCUACUGCAAUGAAGCUAAGCGAGGACGGGCGAGUUUUGGAGGUUUUAGAAGAUGUUGAAGGCAAGACGUUGAGGUCUAUAAGUGAAGUUCAUGAGAAAAAUGGCAAGUUGUGGAUCUGUUCUGUUGUGAUGCCCUUUCUGGGAGUGUAUAGAUUAUGAGUUUUAAGUUAUAUACAUAUAGUCAGUAUAAAAGAUUUUUUUUACAUUAGGUCAUCCAAAGUAUAUCUAUAGCAUACCAACUACCUAGAGAUCACCCUACGAGUAAGUUAUGUUAAUUUUAGCUUCUAGUAUGAUGAUUUUAUUCUGUUGUUACUCAUCUAAAGGUUCCUUCUGUUUUCGCUUGAUGGUUCAGUAAGGAAUAUAUGCGUUCUUAUA